AGUAUUUGUGUUUUGUAUCAUUUGCAGGGCAAUGGGACUUCUGGGGUUUCUUGUAGUUUUAUUGCUUUCAUCAAUCAUCAACUUUGUACACGGUUUUCCAAGGCAUAACCAUGGCGGCCAUCAUGGAUAUCUUGGACCCUGGAUCAAUGCUCAUGCCACUUUCUAUGGCGGUGGUGAUGCUUCUGGCACAAUGGGUGGAGCUUGUGGCUAUGGAAACCUAUACAGCCAAGGGUAUGGUGUUAAUACAGCAGCAUUGAGCACUGCAUUGUUUAACAAUGGCUUGAGCUGUGGUGCAUGUUAUGAGAUCAGGUGUGUUAAUGACCCACAAUGGUGUCUGCCUGGUUCCAUUGUGGUCACCGCCACUAAUUUCUGCCCUCCGGGAGGUUGGUGUGACCCUCCUAAUCACCACUUUGAUCUCUCACAACCUAUUUUCCUACACAUUGCCCAAUACAAAGCUGGUAUUGUUCCUGUCGUUUACAGAAGGGUGUGGUGUAAGAGAAGAGGGAGAAUAAGGUUCACAAUCAAUGGACAUUCUUACUUCAAUUUAGUGCUGGUGACCAAUGUUGGAGGUGCGGGUGAUGUUCGUUCUGUAGCCAUUAAAGGAUCAAGGACCAAAUGGCAACCAAUGUCCAGAAACUGGGGACAGAACUGGCAAAGCAAUACAUACCUUAAUGGACAAAGUCUAUCGUUUGUUGUCACAACCAGUGAUGGCCGUGCUGUUGUCUCAUACGAUGUUGCUCCAUCUAGUUGGUCUUUCGGACAAACUUACAUUGGUCGCCAGUUUAGGUCUUAACAACCAACUUAACCUUUCUCUCCUCUGGGGAUUUAUAAUAUAGUGGAAUAUAGUGAUUGUUAUUUUGGGGGUUAUUCCAGCCAUUGAUUUUUGAACUAUGGUUUUAUCUUUAGACUUUUUAAGAUGGUAAGAUUUUGUCCAAGGGGGAAAACUUACUAUUUGCGUAUUGAUUACAUCAAAUUAUUAUGAAUAUAAAAGCUUUGUUUUUUCAAGCCAAAA